AUGAUUAAUGAGUUAAUCACUUCCUAUUACCAUACAAUACCUGAACCAGAACCACAAAUUAUAUCAUUAUUAUCGUGUACCGAGUUCCAACAUAUUGUCCUAAUCAAACAGUGUAAAAUUGAUCCUGCAUUGAUCACUGCAUUGGUUGAACGAUGGAGGCAUGAAACACAUACCUUUCACCUGCCAUGGGGAGAGUGCACCAUCACACUCGAAGAUGUUGCACUUCAACUAGGCAUUAGAGUCGAUGGUCGUGUUGUGGUUGGACCUAGCUUCUUACAUUGGGAUGAGUUAUGCCACGAGUUACUAGCGGAAUUCUCUCCCGAAAAUGCACGUAAAGGAGCCGCACUGAAGCUGACAUGGUUGCUAAGCAUGUUGCGUGCACCAUUGCCCGAAGAACCAACAACGCACUUACUACAAUGCAAGUGUAGAGCUUACAUAAUGUACAUGAUUGGCAGUGCUUUAAUUCCUAGUAAAUCUGGAAAUAGAGUUCAUUUAAUGUAUUUGAACCUACUACGUGAUUUGAACAACACUAAAAAAUAUAGUUGGGGUUCGGCUUGUUUAGCAAACCUGUAUAGAGAACUAUGUCGAGCAUCAUCGGAGGUUGGUAAAUCUAUGAGUGGUUGUGUCAUACUAUUGCAGUCAUGGGCUUGGUACCACAUGCCUUUUAUUGCACCAAGAGUCCCACGACCCAAAACAACUUUUUCACUGGCUAAAAGAUGGAGUGGUGGUAGAUUAGAAUAUAGGGCCACACCGCAUGAUGAAUUAGUCGGAUAUAGGUCUCGUAUAAAUCAUAUGGAGAGCCGUGAGGUAUAA